UUGAAAUUUUAAUCGAGUGCGAAAAUUGUAAACAAUAAACAAAAAUAAAAACAAAUAAUUAUUUAUACUUGGUGAAUGGGUUCCAAAGAUGAUAAAUAUUGUUAGUCAUAUUGGUUGAUUAUGGAAUAAUGCGGAAAACACUAAUGUCAAUUAUUUUAAGUACAAAGUGAAACUUGAAUGUACGGUUUCUUUUGAUUUCAUCAGACUGUUGUACAUCAAAAACAAAAUUUCUGUUUAUUUCAUCAGCUGUUUGAUGUUUUUUUAAAACACCUUGAUGGACUGUAUUAAUAAUAUAAACAAAUUCAUUCACUAGUUGCUAUGUACAAAAAAUACAUUGAGCAAUUAGUUUCUGCUGAAUAUCCAGAAUCAAAAGAUCAUACUAGGAUGACUGAUGUUGUAGAUCUAGAGGCUGUGAUGAAAAAGUUGUUUGAGAAGGAAAAGGUUAGAGAAGAUAAAUUUUUGACAGUUGACGAUCUAACAACUCUACUUGAGGAAGAAGCUGGGAGAGAUGAUGUUUCUCGUGUGCGCAAGGGGAUACUGGGAUACCCCUCUCAUCCACUGUACAGACAGCUGGCUUGUAUGAUCACAGAGUGGAUGGAGUUGGGACACUGUCCAGUUCUGGAUCUCCCAAGCUAUGACCUUCUAGAUGAGCAAGCUUAUGUGGAAUCAAGAGCAUCAGUAAUCAACUCCAUCAGCCCUUUAUUGGAGGGUCUUAAGACACUGCAUUCACUGUGGUCAGAGGAUGAGGUUAUCUUCAGACUACGCGAGAUUCUUGUGUUGCUGGAGAAGCGUGGGCUGCUGGACCUAUUAGGAAUUAGAAAGACAGUCGGGACCAAGGACCUAUGGCCCCCAGCCAGGAGAAAACUCCUGGACAGCUUCACUGCUAAACACUCAGAGAAGGCGCAGCUGACUGUUGGUGCAAGGGCACUGGCCAAGCAUCACCAUAGAGACCAGUCGGACUCCUGGUGGGGAAACUCUAAAGGAUCUGAACAAGACAAGAAUGAUCAUGCUCUGACCGUGGUGAACAGGAUCCUGGACAAUGCCACCUGGAUCAACAUACACUGGCUACCUCAAGAGGUAUUUGUGAUGGAGGCUCGUGUCCUUGAGGGUUACGGAGUGCGAUGGACAGCAGACGGCAGUCAGUUCCGGGGCUUCCUGGAACCACAGAUGGUCGGUGGCCAUGAGGUCGGCUGGAAACAUUGACCUCAUUACUGAAAUAGAUGCAAGUCAGUUCCAGGUCUUCCUGGAUUGGAACCACAGAUGGUUGACUGCUAUGCGGUCGGCUGGAAACACUGACUUUCUCACUAAAAUAGAUGGAAGUCAGUUCCUUGACUUUUUGGAAAGACAGAUGGUCAACGGCCAUGAGGUUGGCUGGAAACAAUAACCUCCUUGAUACCUCGGCCCUUAGAGACAAUUGGAGCCAAGUGGGAAUGCUUACCUUAAGUAGAAAGAAAUCAGUCCUUGAUAUCCAGUUUGCGCCAACGAGGAAAUCAAGCCAACAGGGUUUGACUGUAUUCACAAACCAUUUUGCUUCUUUUAAGGCUUGGGGACUUGUGCUUAUUUCAGCCGUGUACCGUACACAUCUGAGAUAAUUGUAGUGUUAUUAUUUAUAUAUAAAUAUAUUUAUGUCAGUGCAAUACUAGUAUUAUUCAUAGCUGGUUUUAAAAUCAUUAUCUGAGUUUUGAAUAAGUAUGAUUUAAAAAAUCAAUCUUUUACAUGAAUGUACUAUUCAGGGUUAAAUGUUAAGAAUGAUUCUGAUGUUUUAGAAAAUAAGAUAUUAUAUUAUAUAUUACAAAAAAUAUAAAACCAUUAAAUUUGUUUUUUUAUACAAGAUGUACUUUAUAUUUUGUAAUAAAAAAUGCUUAACAAUUUUUAGAAGUAUUAAAUUACUCUUACAUGUUUUUUUAUGAUCCUAAAAUAUGAAACCCUUGUUUAAAUUUAAAAUAUUUUAUUGUUUUUUUUUAAUAGCAACCGAGUAGAUAUCCCUCAAUGAUCCCCCAUAGUUUUGAUACCCCCAAAAGCCGAAAGACGGCAAACAGAAAUCUGACCAGGGUUUCUAAAAGUUUAAAAUCUAUAUUGGUUUCAGCCCA